UUGAUAGUAUUGGUUUUCUUUAUAAUUAUGUUUCAUUUGGUACAUUAAAAAAUAUUUCUCCUGGGCGUGGUGGCUUACGCUUGUAAUCCUAGCACUUUGGGAGACUGAGGUGGGUGGAUUACUUGAGGUCAGGAGUUCAAGACCAGCCUGAUCAACAUGGUGAAACCCUAUCUCUACUAAAAAUACAAAAAUUAGGUAGGGCAUGGUGGUGUGCGCCUGUAGUGCCAGCUACUAGGGAGGCUGAGGCAGGAGAAUCGUUUGAACCUGGGGGGUGGAGGUUGCAGUGAGUCGAGAUCGAACCAUUGCAUUCCAGCCUGGACAACACAGCAAAGCUCUGUCUCAAAAAAAAAAUCAUUUAUGUUUUAUUUUAUGCAUUCGUAAAUGUUGUGAGAAGUUUAUAGGCUUCACCAGAUCUCAGAGGAACCUAUGGCUCAAAAAAGGUUAAGGAUCCUUGCUGAACAAGUAUGGUCUUGUUAUUCCCAUUUUAUAGAUAAAAGAGCUAAGGCUUAGAGAAGUUGAGUAUCUUGGAUUUUACGUGAAAAAAAUUAAUCCAGCUUUUGCAUUCUACUCCCUAACAUGCCCUUGUUUUUUUGUUUGGUUUAGUUUUUAUAACAGAAGAAUGUUCCCCUUUGCAGUUAAAUGACUUGGCUUUAUUAUGGCAAAUCUUGGGGGUAAAACGGAGUUCAGAAAAGAGGUGCCAUACCUCCUGAGUGUGCCUCUGAGUAUGUCUUGCCACCCCAAGUGUGUGAUCAGAGAGAGAAGCAUGGCCUCAGCUCAGCUGAUUCCCAUACUGCCUGUGAGCAGCCAGUCCCCUGAGCAAACAAGAAGGCUGAGGUCUAGCACCGUGGGGUUGCCUGACUAUAAUCACAUAGCUCCAGCCAAUGGAGUUCUAGUUCGCGUUCUUCCCUGUUGCAACCUUGGUAUGGCUCAGAUGACCAGCAGACUUUGGUCCAAUUCCAACUCCCUCCAACUUAGCUGAGUGAUCUUGAGCACAUUGCUUAACAUCCGUGGGACUCAGUUUCCUCAUCUGUAGAGUAGACCAGACAGACUGUCUAUCUGCCUUUACAUGGUUGUUGGACAGUAAAAACGAGAUGUCCAUAAUGUGCUUGGCACAAAAGAGAGACAGUGAUUAUUAUGGGCCAAAUAUUACCAAGCUCUUGGGGACUGGGGGCUGAAGUGGGCAGAGACCUUCUUGCUACCUGAGAAGUAAGAUAGGACAUUUGCUAAGCUCCCUCUAAGAGCCAAGUGCGACCUGGUGGUCCAACCUCAGCCACAGUGGAGACCUCACUAGAUGGGCUGUGAAGGGUGGAGAAAAAGGGACAGAUUCCUUACCUCUCCUUGUCUCUCUGCCCCUUUCUUAGAAUCCCAGUAUGAGAAGUGGUGGCUUUAUUUCAUACACCUCUAUAUUUAAUAAGCAGGACCAUGACGAGGUUUGGUGACCUCAGGGCCCAAAUGGACUGUCUGCUGGCAUAAGUCAUGCUUGAGUCAUUUCCUAGGGAUGAGCACUGGGCAGGCUUCCAGGAGCUGAAUUUACCCUCUGAUUCUCUGCUCUCCUCUUCUCUUCCCCACCCCCAAGCUCCAUUUUAGAGUCUCCAGCUUCUUUGGCUUCAGGAGGCAUGGACCAAGAUAGAAAGUAAAAUAAUUAUUCAUUCACCAGGGCUCUCAUGCCCCUCCCUGAGCAAAGGCUCCGGCUCAGAUUGAAGGGAGACCCUGGAAGCCCAAGACACUGACCCAGGCCCCGAGGCUCCUGCUGAUACGUAUGUACACUGGGGACACAGCCUCAGUGACCUAAAUGCCCAGAGAAAAAAUGGAGGAAGGAGAAGCUGGGGCAACCAGGGCAGGCUCCAUAGAGGAGGUGGCAUGUGAGUUGGGUUUGUUUUUUGUUUCGUUUUGUUUUGCUUAUUUGAGAUUGGGUCUUGCUCUUGUCGCCCAGGCUGGAAUGCAGUGGUGUGAUCUUGACUCACUGCAACCUCUGCCUCCUGGGUUCAAGUGAUUCUUCUGCCUCAGCCUCCUGAGUAGCUGGGACUACAGGCAUAUGCCACUGUGCCUGGCUAAUUUUUGUAUUUUUUGUAGUAGAGAUGGUUUCGCCAUAUUGGCCAGGUUGGUCUCGAACUCCUGACCUCAGGUAAUUCACCCACCUCGGCCUCCCAAAGUGCUGGGAUUAUAGGCAUGAGCCACUGCACUUGGCCAGAAUUGGGUUUUGAGGAGUGAGUUGCAGCAUGUAUAUGAUAAAACUAAAAAACUUCAAAGAGUAAAGAAGGACAUAAAAUAGAAAGUAAAUAUGCUCUGGCCUCCCCCAUGCCCAACCAACUCCUUGUUCGUGUUCCUUCCAACUCCUACUAUUCUUGUGUGUCCUUCUAGCAAUAAUCUAUGGAUAUAUGAACUACCUAUCUAUGCAUCAUUAAAAAAAAGGUAAACAGGAUCACAUAAUGUUAACAUCCCCUUCCACCUAACAGCCCAUCUUGGCAGUCUUCUCAUAGCAGUGCAUGUGGGGAAGGGUGGCUUUUGACCGGUGGUUCGAAACACUGGUGGUCAUAGCAGGUGGCUGGAAAGAUAUUACCAAGAACUCAGAGAUGAGAAAACCCACAGGGUGUAUGGGGAGCUUUGACAGGAGUGAGGGAGGCUGUAUUGCCAAGCGAUUUUGAGCCUGGCCUUUGGAUGUGGAAGAUCUGGAGUCCAAUCCCAGUUUCAGCACUCUCUAGCUCUGUGACCCUGGACACAUUUCUUCACCUCUGAGUUUCAAUUUCCCCAUAUCUUAAAUGGAGCUAACAAUACCUCCCUUUGGGACUGUUAGGGACUUUUUGGUGAGAGCACUUACUACUCACAGAGGCACCUGGUAAAUAGCCUCCCCUGUUUUUGCUGCUGUUGUCAUGUGACAGGUGGGGCAGGGGGAGCUGAGCCCCAACAGGUGGGGCCAGGUGCAUGUUGGGUGUUUCGGGAGUGAUAUUUGGAGGGAAGAGGGCCAACCAAUUGAUCUGAAGCUCAAAAUAGCCUGGAAGUGCAAGAACAAUAGUAAAUAAAUGGGUUCCGGAUGCUUUUAAAUCUUGGCAUUUCCUGAUUUCAGCUCAUCUGGUCCAGACAGCUUCAUCAGCGUUUACUGCUGAGGCGGCGGCACACGCCUCCCUUGGCCAUGACCCAAAACUGCUUUCAAGAAAAUCAGAUCUAGAAACGUUUAGUUCUCUGGCGCGGGGCCUAUGGGUCAUGGAUAUAGGGUGUGGAUCAGGCAGUGUCAGGGUUUGUCCCAUGUGUAUGGAAAAUUAAGACCUAGGGGAUGCAUACAGAGCGGGACCUUGUAGGAUGAGUGGGUGAUAUGGGCACAAGGGAAUAGCCAGUCUCCUAAUCCCCUCUCCAAGUGUUUAUUGAGCACUUACUGUGUGCCAGGUGCCAGGGAUGCAGUAGUGAGCAUUAAUAAUAUACUCAUGCAAAUGAAUGUUUAAUAAUAAAUGUUAAAUUUCCCAGUGUGCUAAGCUCCAGAAGCCUCUGGACCUCUAGAAGGCCGUGAGAGGGUGCGGUAGGGCUCCUCAUAUGAUCUGCAAGCUCAAAAUAAAAGCUUCCUUGAGGAAGUAGAGUGAAGGAUGAAUAGGAGAUAAGUAGGCAAAGCCUCUGUGUGGGAAGCGUGUUCCAGGGAGAGGGGACAGCAUGCGAAGGGGCUCUGUCAGGGGACAGAUCCUGUCGAGUGCCAGGGGUGGAAAGCAGACAGCAGGGCUCAGAGCAGCAGGAGGGAGUGGGUGCUGGUAUGAAAUGAUGUGGGAAGGGGAGGCAGGAGACAGAGCAUGCAGGACCUUACAGGCCGCAGGAAGGCGUUCAGUCUUUACCUGGGAGGAGUCAGUGGGAGCCAGUGGGGUCAGGUCUGUGUCUUCAGAAGAUAGCUGUGGCUGCUCUGUGUCUGGCAGCCUUGUGGGGGCUGGAGUAGAGGCGGGAGGCUGUGGCUGUGGCUGCCAUGGAGGUGUGAGUUGGUGAUGUGAAUGGGGUCCAUCUCAGAUGAUGAAGGGUUAACCCAGUGACUGGGUGUCAGGAAGGUGCAGGGAGGCCCAGCAGCCCAGAGAGGCUGCAUCUGUAGUUGCUUAAGGACUCUCGUUUAGUCAUCUCACAGAUGGCCAUUGUCUUUUGAGUACUUACUUUGCACUGGACACUAUAUGAAGCCCUUCUCAUUAAUCCUCAUAAGAACCCUAAGUGGGUGGGUGUCCCCUAUUUCACUGAGGCCCAGAGAAGUGAAAUCAUUUGGCCAAGAUUCCACAGGUCAGCCCCACCCCACCCCCGACUCCCAGGCUCCUCUGGAUAAGUGUUCUCCAGUUCACUUUGACCCUUCUCAGGGCUUGGCCCGAGGCCCCAGCUUCUGUCUGGUUGCUCCAGCGACCCUCAGUGUAGUGUCUGCCCUGACCUCAGAGCUGGUCUGGAUAAGCCUUGUCCCACAUAGUCGGCAAGGACACAGCCAUGUGGCCCUCGCUUCUCCAUGCCUCCUGGCUUGCUGGCUGCUGGCAGCACUCACUUUGCCACGUGAGCUGAACCGGCCGCGUCUCUGGGCUUUGCAUGUUGCCUGCCUUGCGGGAUUCAGAUGGUCUCUGCUGCUUGUUUUUAUUUUUCUUCUUGACUUCCUCUCCUUCUUUCCCUCAGCUCCCACCCUGUCCCCAUCUGUUGCGGCCCCACGGGGGUCUAUUCCUCGCCUCCCAGAUGUGCAGCAGGACUUGGAAUGGAGGCAGAAGCCUCCUUCCUUCUGGCCUCUCGAGAAGGAAGGAAGCUAGCAGUUUGGACGGCUGUUACCUGCCGGGCUCUGGGCUAGGCUCUUGGCAUAUGUGACCUCGCAAAGCCCUCGUGACACUUCUGUGAGGCAUACACAGCUUCCUCUCUACAGAUGGGCAGCUGGGGCUGGGAGGACUCAGGUGUUGCACCCGUGGUCACAUGAUAAGGAUCUGACUCUUGAUUUAAACAUUUUUGCUUCCCAAACUUAAAUGUGACUGUGAAUCACCUGGGUACUUUGUUAAAACGCAGAUUCUGAUUCGGGGGUCUGGGAUGGGUGUGAAGGGCUGCCGUAUUUAUUUAAUAAGCUCAGGAGAGGCUGAUGCUGUUAGUUCAUGGUCCACACCGUGAGUAGCACAGGGAGGAGCCAGCAGAGCUCCCACUUGCCACUUAAGGGAUUCUCCCACUUGAGGAAUUCACCAGCUCUCAGUACUCACCACCUCCAUCCCCACCGUCUUUCCUCCUUUUUAGGAAUUGCUUAUGGGGCACCUGACACUUUCCCACCCUGCUCACGUGCUGACCCUGCCUGUCCCGGGGCCCUGGUUGAAUGGCUGUGCUCUCUGAGGUUGACCAGUGCUGGAAUAUGGGGAAAUGAGGCUCAGAGAAGCAGAGGGACUCCUCCAAAAUUCCAUGCACAGAGGAUUCAGGGUUGUGACUCCCCAUCCAGUGCUAUUUUAUUGCUUCCACUAGGACUCAGAGGUCUUGAGGUUCUAGUCCUGGUCCUCUCUUUGACUUGCUGUGUGACUUUAGGCAGCUCACUUUCCCUCUGAACCUCAGCUUUUCAGUUGAGAAAAUGGCUUCUCUGCCCUGUUGUGAGGAUCAAAUGGGAGAAUAGCAUACAGGAUUUUUAUGAGCCCCAAGACCCUCAAUCCUACUAGGCUGGGAGGAACCUAGUAGGGCAGGAAAAUGGGUUCAGGUGGUACUUACAUGUGGGUAUGGCAGGUGCUUCACUUGACAAAAAACCUCCUUGUUCUGUAAUUGAGAGAGCUUCUCACCUCCUGCCUGUUUGUUUCUCUUCGUCCUGGGUGGUAAUGGAGCAUCUGCUUGUCCCCCUUUCUGAGUUCAGGUGCCUGUUAUUCUGUCAUUAGCACACAGUGAGGAGGCCCAGGGUGGGGAGCCUGCUGCAGUACCACCCCUACCCCAGGACACAUCCCUGUUACUUGAGAAGGGAGAGUGGAGACGUACGAUUCAGUUGACACAGAUUCACUGUACUCGCCCAGUUCUUCACUCUGGAACGCACUGCUGCGUAAGGCAGGCUCAGCUGUGGCUAGAAGGCCAGCUAGGGCCUUGGAUCUGCAGGACCUGAGCGAGUGGGGGUCUGCUCAGCAGGCCUCCUUGGUUUCCCUUGGCCUCUGGCCCUCACUUACCACAUGACCAAGGAGAGCCUGCUGGGGCCAAAGAGAACCUCUUUCCCACCAGCUUGAUCUGGGAGCCUGUGCGUCUGCGUUUCUCAUCAUCUGACCCACUGGAAAAGGAAAGGCAGGAGUUUCCAUAAGGGAAUAAAUGGAUGCGGAAGGAAACCACCCCUCAACUCCCAGUAAAGGUGGGGUGAGUGUGAGAGAGACUGCAGGCUGCACAAUAGUCUGAGGCAGAGAUGCCAAAACUGCCCUCCACCCCACUCCUUCCCAUCCUGCAAAGGGUUAGUAAACACCUACUCAGUGCUUGGCACCUUUCCAGAUGCAGGGAUUCAGCAAAGGACAAGGUCAGGUGCUCACACAGUUUAUAUUCUAGAGAGGAGACAGGUGGUCCCUGGGUCCAUGCUAUGCUUAAAACACAGUGAUGUGACCAGGUGUGGUGGCUCAUGCCUGUAGUCCCAGCACUUUGGGAGGCUGAGGCAGGUAGAUCACUUGAGAUCAGGAGCUUGAAACCAGCCUGCACAACAUGGUGAAACCCCAUCUCAACAAAAAAUACAAAAAUUAGCCAGGUGGUAGAGUGUGCCUGUAGUCCCAGCUACUUGGGAGGCUGAGGCAAGAGAAUCUCUUGAACCCAGGAGGCAGAGGUUGCAGUGAGCCGAGCUUACACCACUGCACUCCAGCAUGGGUGGCAGAAUGAGACUGUCUCAAAAAAACAAAAACAAAAAACCACAGUGAUGUAAUCCCUGUGAGCAGAUGGAGUGGGGUGUGGGGGAAGGCCUCUCUCACUGAGACUGAAUGGUGGGAAGGUGCUCGCUCCCAGGACCUGGGGAGGUAUCCCAGGUGAACAACCCCAGCCAGAGGGUUGUGUUUCAGGGGAAGAAAGAAGGACACCAUGCCUACUAUAAGGGGAGAGUGGAGAGUCCAGGAGGUAGGGAAGAAGCAGGCAGGCUGCAGCUGCACUCGGUUCCUGAGGACUCUGGGGUUUUUGUCAAGGGCAGUGAGAAGUUGGGAGGGUUUUCAGCAGGAGAGCGAGUAACAAACCCUGGUGUUCUGUCUCCAGCUUGCUGGGCCUGGUGGGCAAGCCCUGACCCUCUUGAUGGGAGCCUGUGCUUCCUCUGUGAUGUUGCCCAGGCUUCCUGAACCCAGGAAGACUUUCAGAGGUACUAACAGGGGUGGAUAACUUGCCCCUCCCCAUUCUUUCAAAGUCAAAUAGAUAAAAUAGGGAAUCCCCACUUUGCUGGACUCUCACAGGCUGCUCAGACACCUGAGUGGUAAAUACCAUGUACUUGGGGAGUGGUUUCUUAGUUUGGGGUUUGGGUUACAUUAACCUCAUAGAGUCCUUAAAUAGCCCACAAAGUAGUAUAUAUGGAAAAUAGGUAUGUGUAUAUGAGAGUAUGCAAAUAUAGAAUUCAUAUGCGAGAUACAUCACCCUAUUUCUAAUGUGUAAGAAGGAAGUAGAAAUGUGACUUUUUAUCUGUUUUAUCUUUUCUUUUUUUUUAAAGACAGAGUCUUGCUCUGUUGCCCAGGCUGGAGUGCAGUGGUGUGUUCUCAGCUCACUGUAACCUCUGCCACCUGGGUUCAAGCGAUUGUCCUGCCUCAGCCUCCUAAGUCGCUGGGAUUACAGGCGUGCACCACCAUACUUGGCUAAUUUUUGUGUUUUUAGUAGAGAUGGGGUUUUGCCAUGUUGGCCAGGCUGGUCUUGAACUCCUGACCUCAGGUGAUCUGGCCCCCUUGGUGCUGGGAUUAUAGGUGUGAAUCACUGUGCCUGGCCUAUUUAUCUUUUUGGCCAAGGACAUAAUGUUGAAUUCACUCUAGUUACAUAGGAAUAUGAGGGGUUGCCACUGUAUGGCUUUUGGUUAAUAAAUAUGGAAAACCUAAUUAACUCCUUCAUAAUCCCUCCCAUUUCAAAGCCCAGGGCCAUGGUAGAGCUGUGGGGGUUCCCCAGGGAGCCCAGCGUGGGAACCACAGGACCAGAUGGGCUGUGAGGCCCCUCCAGCUCCCACGCCGUGCAGCAGCAGGGACAGCUGUGGGCCGAGCACUGCUGAGUCAUCUCUCCCUCGGCCUGGUCAUGUGUUGGCUGACAAGCCCAGGCUGGUGUGGAGUCCUGGCCUGGGUUAUUGGGGAACUGACUUCAGCUCUGGCCUACCAAGCCUACUGGGAAGGGGGAAUUGCCAGCUAUCCACUGCCUGUCCACCCACCUGAGGGUCCCCUGUCUGUAUAAACCCCAGGAGCCUGCCACCUUAGGGCUGCAUAUCCUGGGUGUGGGAGUGCUCCCUGGGCGCUCUGGCUUGACAGCAAGGCUGCAGUCAGCCCCAGGCAGCACUGGGCUGAAGGUGUGCACUGGCACCUUGCUGUCCUGUUGAGUGACAUUUCCUUAAAUGCCAUGAAGGGGCUGCCUGACCUUCACUUUCUUGCCAGGACCCCCUUUCAGCCUCUUUCUGGGUUAUUUAUAACAGUGUUUACAGGAAAAAGGGCUUCUCAGCUGAGCCCUGGCCCUGCUCCCUUGGUCUCUCCUGCCAGCCGGGCCAGGAGAUGCAGAAAUAGAACCUCAGAACGUGGACACUGUAGGAUCCCAGAGAACACCUCCAGAUGGAGUGUGUGGGGCACUUUGUUCUUUUGGUCUCUGGGACUUUUUUUUUUUUGAGACGCAGUUUCGCUCUUGUUGCCCAGGCUCGAGUGUGAUGGCGCGAUCUUGGCUCGCUGCAACCUCCACCUCCCCAGUUCAAGUGAUUCUCCUGCCUCAGCCUCCCAAGUAGCUGGGAUUACAGGUGCCUACCACCAUGCCCAGCUAAUUUUUGUAUUUUUAGUAGAGACGGGGUUUCACCAUAUUGGGCAGGCUGGUCUUGAACUCCUGUCCUCAGCUGAUCCGCCCACCUCAGCCUCCCAAUGUGCUGAGUUUACAGCCAUGAGCCACCUCGCCCGGCCAACUUUUAAAAAAAAAUGUGUUACAUGGUACCUAACAUAAAAUUUACCUUUUAUUUUAUUUUAUUUUUUUGUGACAGGGUCUUACUCUGUCAUCCAGGCUGGAGUAGUGCAGUGGCUCAAUCACAGCUCACUGCAGCCUCAACCUCCUGGGCUCGGGUGACCUCCCACCUCAGACUCCAGAGUAGUUGGGAGGACAGGCACACACUACCAUGCCUAAUUUUUUUUGUAUUUUUUUAAUAGAGACAGGGUUUUGCCAUGUUGCACAGACUAAGGUUUACCAUUUAUAAAUGUACAAAACAGUGGCAUUAAGUACAUUCACAGUGCCAUAAAACUAUCAUCAGCCCAGAAUUUUUCUAUCCUCCCAAAGCCAGGUACUUUGUCAUCCUCCUGACACAGGAGGGUGGCUGACAUGUCCCUAGGCACAUCCGGAUUUUGAGGAAAUCCCACACAAUAUGGGAAGGAAAGGAAGCACCUGCCAGCUCAUGAGCAGGGUGUCAGUGGUCGUCCCUUCAGCUGUGCGACAUGAACUAGAAGUCACCCUUUGCUUUCCGUCCGACUCAGGACUGGGGUCAGAAUUCCAGUGAGUGGACCGCCAGAGGACAUCCUGAUUGCAGGAAGAACCAGGAAUCCGCUCCAGUCGCUUUUUUUUUAUUAAGCAAAGUUGAUGCAUUUCACGAACUUCACUCCUUUCAUUAGAGAUAGGGCAAGUGUUUUGUAUACCACCCCCUACCCUGGCAGGUCAUUUACCAUCUUGGAGAAAGAACUUAAUAAGAGUUCCUGGAAAGUUUUUUUUUUUUUUUUUUUUUUUUUUGAGAUGUAGUUUCACUCUUGUUGUCCAGGAUGGAGUGCAAUAGUGUGAUCUUGGCUCAUCGCAACGUCUGUCUCCCAAGUUCAAGCAUUUCUCCUGCUUCAGCUUCCCAAGUAGCUAGGAUUACAGGCAUGCACCACCACGCCCGGCUGAUUUUUGUAUUUUUAGUAGAGACGGGGUUUCUCCAUAUUGGGCAGGCUGGUCUUGAACUCCCGACCUCAGGUGAUCCGCCCGCCUCGGCCUCCCAAAAUACUGGGAAUAUAGGUGUGAGCCACCACACCCAGCCAGAAAGUUUCUUACAAGCACUUUACAGUUCUCCUAAACCCCCAUCCAAAAUACCUCACAAGGGCUGGAACAAUUCCACAGCAACUAGGAGUUCAUGGGCCCUACCUACUUCAGAGAUGUUGAAACUGAGGCCCCACUAAAUGGCAUGAACUGAGACAUGGUCCCAUUUUAGUCACCUGCAUGAACAGCAACUUUCCCCAUUUAAUGCCACGCAGGUGUGGGCUAAGGUGAGGCAAAGGAGGCACUUGACUCUGGCACAGAAUUUAAGGAGAUGCCAACAAACUCAGUCAUCAAGAUCAAUCCUAUUUAUAUUCGUGUUUAAAAAUAAUUGAUGUGAAAAUAUCCAUGCCGAACAAAAUAUCCAAUUUUAAAACAAAACCAGCAAGAGUGACAGGGUCAUGCGUAACCCUGCAGGAACCUGAGGUAAGAGCAAAACCAUCGGCACUACCGACUUCACCUUUACUGAGAAUUUUGGUAUUUUGUUAAUCUUGGGUAGAUAUUUUGCAUUCAUUUGUAAAUUGCAUUAAAAUAUGAUCUACCUUGAUGACAGUAUUUUGGUGUCUAAGGCACCCUAAUUCCAGCCCUGGCUCUGCCUUCUAAAAUCUGUGUAACUGGUGUUAACAGCUGACCUCUGCCUUCAGGUCCCUAGGCCCUGGGGUCCUCGGAUGCCAGGCAGGAACUUUCACUCCUGAGAGUCAAGAGAGCAGCUGAGGGUGGCAUUUGAUCCCUGCAGUCUAUUUUUGUGCCUGCUCUUCAGCAACUGAUAAAAUGUUGCUCUCGGUAGAGCUGAUGUGUUGAAAUGGUGAGUGUUGAUGUCAGGUGGUUUGUAUGAUCAUGUAUCUUCAUUCUUGACCUCACAGAGGGGCCUGGAACCAGGAAAGAAAUGGAGCUCUCAGCGGUUUUGCCCCCACAGACUUUGACAGAACCUGAAAUUGUUAUCUGGUGACUGAGGCUGCCAGGAAAUUUGGUCUUGUCUCUGGGUUGUGUGGAAAAGUGCACCUGUUGCGCUCUCUUGUUUUUGUGCACGGCCCUAUACCCUUUACAAGACACCCAUUUUGUUUCUUGAACACCCUUUAUUGAGCACCUACCAUGGGCCAGGCAUUAUGCCGGGCAUUUGGGAUACAGUGAGCAACAAGAUGGGCACAGACACAGCCCCUGCUCACGUGGAGCUACCGGUUGCGGGAGACAGCAGUAAACAAGUAGAUAAAUUAAUAAUGUGGGUAGUUCUGGAGAUGGAUGGUGGUGAUGGCUGCAAAGCAAUGUGGGUGUACUUAAUGCCACUGAACUGCACACUUACAAAUGUUUAAAAUGGGCCAGGCAUGGCGGCUCAUGCGUGUCAUCCCAGCACUUUGGGAGACCAAAGCGGGAGGUUUGCUUAAGCCCAAGAGUUUAAGACUAGCCUGGACAACAUAGAAGGACCCCCAUCUCUACCAUAAAUAAAUCAGUAAGCAAGCUGGGAAUGGUGGUGUGGACCUGUGGUCCUAGCUACUACUCAGGAGGCUGAGGUGGAAGGACUGCUUGAGCCUGGGAAGUCAAGGCUGCAAUGAGCCAUGAUCAUGUUACUGCACUCCAGCCUGGGUGACAGAGUGAGAUCCUGUAUGAAAAAAAAGCAAUUGAUAAAUGUUAUGUUAUUUAUAUUUACUGCAAUUUAAGAUAAAGGGGACAGGGGAAUAGCAAAGAAUGGUUAAUGCUAAUUGAGGGACUUCCAGCAGGGUGCUGGGUAGACCAGAGAUGGGAUGCAGUGGUCAGCGAGGCCCAUCUCGGGAUGGGCGUUUAACCUGGGAUGAGUAUAGAAAGAAGGAAGCCGCUAUGGGAGACGUAGUGGAGAGAAGGCGUUCCAGGCUGAGGAAGCCUCCAGCGCAGUGGCCUUGGGGUGGAAACUCGAGCUACACAACUGUUCCGGGAGGGAGGCUGGUCUCGAGAUACGCGCAGAGGGCAAGCAACUCAGUGUAACUAGCGCAUUAUGAGCCAGGGCCAACUCUGCCUCAGCAAAGCCUAACAACAUGUACCUGUACCUCAUUUUGCAGUUUAGCAAGUGCUUUCCUGCCACUCUCCUUUGAAUUCAAGAGGCCCUUGAGUUCAAGUGCAUAAAAUUGACUGCGAGUGCAGCCAGACACAAUGCGUAUAUCACCCUGCACUAAAACACCUUGCGCAGAAUAUGCUUCAACCUUUUUGUUUACAAACAAAAUAAAAUGCUGCCUUCCUAGGCCCGGGGCAGGCUUGUACCUGCUGAUUGGCCACCCUCCUGAGAGGUGCCAGGAUCCAUGCUGCCAAAGAUGGGGUGGGGGGCCUAGCCGACCUCAGCGCUGGAGGAGGGGAAUCUGGACUCUGCAUAGCCACAUGCCAGGCCAUCCAGGAGCCACCCCACCGCAGGUAAUCUUACCCCAGCACAGCAAUGAGACACUUUGCAGAUCUUCAGCAGAUAAGGGGCUGCUUACAGGCAACAGAAGUGGGAAAGGAGAUAACUGCAAGGUAACACCUGCCCAGGAGACUGCCUAUUCUUUCUUUCCCUUGCCAUUUAAAGAGAGAUGGACCUAACGCAGAACUUUCAGUGGCUGCGCCACAGAUGUUGAGGAAGUGGCCUGUCAUUCUGGAAACUGGUCUGGACGAGUCACACGGGAGAUCUCACCUUGUGUUCUGGCCCUGUCAGGAGCUGGCUGUGUGGAUCUUGGGUGACUCCCUGUUCCUUCUUUCUUAGCCUCAAUGCCCUCACCUGCAAGAUGAGAGAUUUGUCUCUAAAAAUGUUACUCCAGACCCUUCUGGUGCAUAAAACCCUGGUUCCGUGUUACGGUAGUCCAUCAUAAGGCUUAAUUUCCUGCGCCGUGGAGGCCAGAGUCUGUGUACAGUCAUCACCUUCUUAUCUGAUGAGAGUGGGAACUGCAGCCAGGAGGUACAAGGAGGCUGAAGAGGGGAAUUCCUAGGAAGAAGUCAGAUAAAGCCCAGAAUUGUAAAAGACAUGCCUACAUUGUCUUUUAGUGAAGCCAUAUGACAUGUGCAUUCAUUUUUGCCAGUCUUUUGCUAUAGGACUGUUUGUGGUGCCAGCAUUGAAACUCCAAGUCAUCUUUCCUGCGUAGAUGACACCCACAGUGCUAGUUUUCAGUUUCAGGAUGCAUUCAGUUGGAUCAAGAACUUUGACUCUUGUCAAGCUGAGUGCUGAAUCUUUGAUUCUUGCAAAUUUCUCCUAAUCUUUUUUUUUUUUUUGAGACAGAGUCUCACCCUGUCGCCAGGCUGGAGUGCAGUGGUGCAAUCUAGGCUCACUGCAAACUCUGCAUCCUGGGUCCAAGUGAGUAGCCUGCCUCAGUCUCUUGAGUAGCUGGGACUACAGAUGUGCACCACCAUGCCCAGCUAAUUUAUUUUUUUUUAAUAUUUUUGGUAGAGACAGGGUUUCACCAUGUUGGCCAGGAUGGUCUCGAUCUCCUGACCUCAUGAUCCGCCCGCCUUCACCUCUCAAAGUCCUAGGAUUGCAGGCAUGAGCCACCGUGCCCAGCCCCUAAUCUUUUACCAUGAUCUCACUCACAUGAAGUUUGAUGGCAAUGUUGUCUUUUUAGCAACUCAACUUUAUUAAAUCUUUCCACAGCCUUUAACUUAGUUUUCAUUGAAAUCUCUUUUUUUGUACUCAUAUUUUCUGUUUAUGGACCAGUUAAUGAAAUUUUGUAAUUACAAUAUCCAGUGGGUUUGGGAAGAAACAAGUGAAUCUUAGUAAAUAAAUAACUCAGCUGAUGGGAGCAGACCAGCUGAGGCUCUGGGGCGCCUUGGGCAUUAGUAAAGGGUGUUAUUACAGGAGAAGGUGGGGAGUGUUGGUUAACCUGGUUGUUUGGUGGGUUGGUUAGGAGAGCCCCUUUUAUAUGGCCUGGAUUGGAUUAGCUUUGGCUGCAGGUAGCAGAAAACUCCCCCCAUAUGACAAGAAGUUUGAUGAGCUCUGAGUUGAGUCCUCACUCAGAUCCUGAGAUAGGUGUCCCAGGGCAGUGUCAGGGACCACAGCUUUCUCCAUCGUGUUGCCCUGCCUACCAGGCAGAGCUGCCUUCCCAGGUCCCUGGAAACUGGGCCUCCUGGUUGGCUGGGUGCCCAGCUUUGGAGCUCAGUUCUGAGCACUGGACCCCCAUCUUGUUCUCUGGGCUGGAAGAUCCACUCUCACCAGAACUGGUGACCUUCUCUCAGGUCGCUUUACGCCAAGCCCUGACUAGGCACCUGCUUGGGUAAGGCUUGAAGCCCAGUUGUAAAAAGCUGAGUAUCACCAAGGUUGAGUUCUGCAAGCCUGAAGCCAGAUGCUUCUGCGCAGAAAGAACCUUGGAUGCCGGGUUGAGAUCUUUAGGCCUUAAAUGUUUUGGUGGGAGGCCCUUCCAAUGGUCUAGUUUAUCUCUGAGUUUAGGAUGUUCUGUUCUUCUAAGCUGGGCUCAGAGCCCCUCUGUUUUGUCCCCUUAUUUUGUCUGGAGUGUAACUUUGUGUUUAUGGCUUUGAGUCUUAUUUCAGCUGAUGCUGUAUUUCUGUGGGGACUAAGAUAAACUACUCUCCCCAUUGUUCUCCUGGAAGCUUCUUUAGGAGAUUUGUAUUAAUUUGGAAGACAUGGGAAGAUUGUUUUUUUUUUUCAUAAUAUAAGAGUGUUGAAUUAGUUAUCACUUUUUCAUUGAUGGGUGGUAGAAACUCCAACUGGCAUGUAAUCUAGAGAGGGAAUAUAUUUGCUCACGUAACUGUGGAGCACAGGGAAUGCCUGCCUUCAGGCACAGCUGAAUCCAAGUGUUUCCGUUUUUCAUUGGGAAUCUAUCUCUGUCAGUUUCUUGGCUCUGCCCUCCCUGCUCUGGCUUUUUUCUCAGGCAGGCCCUUUGCAGGUAAUGGCCAAGAGGGCUGCCAGCCUAUCUAGAAUGGAAUCCAGCCAGCUCAGCCCCCUUGUCCAAAUGCUUCUGUAGUUUUCUGGUAUUUGCUCUGACCCACCCAAUCCAACCAGUUGUUGGCCGUAGGAUAAAGCAUGGUAACCUCCACCUUCUGGGUUCAAGAGAUUGUCCUGCCUCAGCCUCCCAAGUAGCUGGGACUACAGGCAUGCGCUAGUAUGCCCAGCAAAUUUUUGUAUUUUUGGUAGAAUUUAGCUAUUUUUUCUCUUUUUGUGUUUUAGAUCCACCAUGUUGGCCAGGCUGGUCUCAAACUCCUGACCUCGUGAUCUGCCCACCUCGGCCUCCCAAAGUGCUGGGAUUACAGGCAUGAGCCACAGCACCUGGCAGGAUAAAGCACUUUAAUUGGCCAGCUGUGCUUCCCUGGUCUGCUUGAGGGUAAGGGAAGAGCAGCUUCCCGGAGGAAAUUCAGUGGGCUUCCACCCAUUAGGAAAGGAAUGAGUGAGAGGCAGGCCAAAUAACAGAACUGAGAGAAGGAACAAAACAUUUAUAAAGUGAAAUGGCUUUGUGGGGCUUCAUGGGCAUUUCUCACACUUCCUUCCUAGAAGGUAAGCAGAGGCACAGGGUCAUAGUCUAGACUAGGCCGGUUCUAAUCAAUUAGUAACAGCUGCUUAGGCUCCACGUUGAGAAGGCUUGGGGCUCAGCAGGAUGUCAGGCUGGGAUCAGUUAGUGGUAUCCGCCACAGAAAGAGGGGAUGGUGAGGCCAGUGCUUGCUACUCCAGCAGAUCUCAUUGCCGAUCUGCAUUCCUGACAGCAGUAUAAAAAGAAGAAUUUGCUGGGCGCGGUGGCUCACACCUGUAAUCCUAGCACUUCGGGAGGCCGAGCGGGUGGAUCACGAGGUCAAGAGAUCGAGACCAUCCUGGUCAACUUGGUGAAACCCCGUCUCUACUAAAAAUACAAAAAAUUAGCUGGGCAUGGUGGCGCAUGCCUAUAAUCCCAGCUACUCAGGAGGCUGAGGCAGGAGAAUUGCCUGAACCCAGGAGACAGAGGCUGCGGUGAGCCAAGAUCACGCCAUUGCACUCCAGCCUGGGUAACAAGAGCGAAACUCCAUCUCAAAAAAUAAAUAAAUAAAUAACUUGCCUCAGAUCAUCAAAUACAACUUCUUGUCAGUGAAGGAGGCACCAAGCUGGCAGUUGGGCAGGACUUAGGAUAUCUAAGAUGGCAGUCACAGGAGGGCAGUGUAGCCGGGUGGGGCCCAAAAUCCCCACCAUCCCAGGCCAGCCCGAAGAGAGCCAGCAUGGUCUGGCUGGCAGGGCAAGAUCAUUCCCCCAACAGAAACCAUAAGCCAUGUUGACACUGGGAUUAGGUGGCUGGUCAAAGGUGUUGGAAAAGAAUUGAGUGAGCCAGCAGGUUUAGAACUGAGGAUAUCAGUUGGGGAUGAGUUCCUGAAGCAUUCACCCUCCUGGAGCCCGGUGUUCCCAUCAGUCAAAUGGGAAUGCUAACCACUGGCCAUCCCCUGCAUCUUGGGAGGGUACUGAUGAGACCACAGCUGUGAAUGUCACUUGGGAACUAGAAAGCGCCAUAUCUGUGUCUCAGUCUGUUUCUGCUUCUGUAACAACAUGCCAUAAACUGGGUGACUUAUAAACAACUGAACUUUAUUGCUCACAGUUCUGGAUGCUGGGAAGCCAAAGAUCAAGGCGCCGGACAGAUUUUGUAUCUGGCGAGGACCCAUUUCCUGGUUCACAGAUGGCAGCUUCUUGUAUUCUCACAGGGUACCAGGGGCAACUGAGCUUUCUUGGGUCUGUUUUAUAAGGGUAUGCAUCCCAUUCGUGAUCUCAUCACCUCCCAGAGGCCUUACCUCCUCACUGCCUCAUUAUGGGGGUUAGGAUUUCAACAUAAAUUUGGGGGAAUCACAAACAUUCAGACGAUAGCAGUCUGUGACCACGACUCACGAGUGUCUGAUCUAUGCCAUGUUCCCAGUCUCUGGUACUUUAUCUUUGUAAGAACCCUGGGAGGCAGGAUUGUUUUUAUUAUCCCCAUUUUGUCAACAGAAACCGAGGUGGCAAAAAAAAAAUUAAUGUAUGUCCAGAUCUGAAAGGAUCAGUGUUAACAGCAAAGCCUGGGCUCUUUUGCCCGCCUUGUCUAGGCUUCCUUCCAUUUCAAGACAGUCCUUCUUUCUGCACUUUGUCUCCCCUCUGAAAAGUCAUUCACACAUCCAUUCCUUUAUUUGUUUAUAAAAUGCUGAGUUCUGCCUGUUUCCCCAAAGCCUAUGUGGGUCUCAGAAACUUGGUAAGUACAGAAUUAUAUCAAAUGCUUGAGCAGGGGUGUCCAGGGGGCUUAUCUGGCUUUAUGAUCUCUUUUCCAGAGGGGGCAGUGAGGACCAGAGUGGGGAGGUGACCCAAUGAAGGACGUGUAUUGAGUACUGACAGACCCAGAACCCAAGCUGUCACUGCAGCCACCCCUCCGCCCCACCCCCUCGCGCUUUCUUCCACUUAGUAGUUUCUGAGAAUCUGCUCUGGACCAGGCACUAAGCUAGACCAUUUGCUGAUUAUAGCCUGGAAAGUAGAGCCACCAUUUUUACUGAAGAUGCAUUCUUUCUUAAGCAGGGAAUCAAUUUCCAGCAAGAUAGACAAGCUUCCAAUGAAGCCACUUAUGUGAGUCUAGAUGAAACCCCAUUAAUCCACAGCCAAGGUCAUUUAUCUCCCUGGCUUGGGGCAGCCACCUUCCUUUCAGAGAAAAGGUAUGGUGUUACUGGAGAAGGGGGCCCAGGGCAGGGGCGUGAGCAGGCAUGGUGAGGGGCCAGAGAGGCCGUGCACAUGAGCCUGCUGUUCGGUGUGUUUGGUCCGAGGCCUGUCCUCGCUCAGCCACAGACUUGCCGCAUGACUUGGGCCAUUCCCAACCCUUGCCCAAACUCCAUUUCCCCAUCUGCAAAUGGGAAUGAAUGGUCUUGAGUGUUCCUUCUCACUUUCAGAAGCAGGAUGAUAGAUGAGGGUCCUGGUUUCAGAGGGAGAGAAGAGACUUGGGUUUGAAUCCCAGCUUCACCUUUUUGGGACCCAGGGUAUUAUGGGUUGAAUUGUAUCCUCCCAAAACAGGUAGGCUGAAGUCCUAAACCCCCAGUGCCUCAGAAUGCGACCUCAUUGGAGCCAGGGGCUUCACAGAGAUAAUCAAGUUAAAAUGAGAUCAUUAGGGUGGGCCCUCAUCUAGUAUGGCUAAUGUCCUUAUCAAAAGGGGGAAUUUGGGCACAGAGACAGACAUGCAUAGAAGGAAGAAAAUAUGAAAAAAACAAGGAGAAAAUGGUCAUCUACAAGCCAAGGAGAAAGGCCUGGAAUACAUCCUCAGAAGGAACCAUUCCUGCACACACCUUAAUCUCAGACUUCUGUGGUUUAAGCCACCACCUGGUUGUGGCCUUUUUUUACGGAAGGCCUACCAACCUAAUUUAUUACUUAUUUAUUUAUGUAUUAUUUGUUUGUUUAUUUGAGGCCGAGUCUUGCUCUGCUGCCCAGACUGGAGUGCAGUGGCGCGAUCUUGGCUCACUGCAACCUUUGCCAUCUGGGUUCAAGCGAUUCUUGUGCCUCAGCCUCCUGAGUAGCUGGGAUUACAGGCAUCCGCCAUCACACCCAGUUUUUGUAUUUUUAGUAGAAAUUGGGUUUCACCCUGUUGGCCAGGCUGGUCUCAAACUCCUGACCUCAAGUGAUCUGCCCACCUCAGCCUCCCAAGAUGCUGGGAUUACAGGCAUGAGCCAUCGUGCCCGGCCCUAGCAACCUAAUUUAAAUGACCUGACAUGGGAACAGUGGCACCCACCCUGCUAGGUUGAUUUAUGACUGAUGAGCGCAUGCAUAGAAGGCACUUAGUGUGGCCCUUGGCGUCUAGUAAGGGCUCCAUAAUAGCAGUGACUGUUAGUUUGUGUUGUGUCCUCUCAGCCCCACUGGCAGGGCCUGUGGAAGGCUCCCAAGGCAGGACAAGAAGGCCUUAAUUCAGACCUUUUAAAAAGCACUGGGCCACUUGAGACACCCCUUCAAAAGCCUCUCUAAAUAUGGAGAUGGUCAGAGAAAUCACUCUUAAUGCAGUGCUUAAUGGUUUUUAGCUAGAGAGUGGUCUUAGGCCUAAUUGACAAGGCCGUGAAGCUGAGGUUUCUUUGUUUUUAUGUGCCGGGUACACUUUGAAUAUGUUGAGCUGCUAUGGGCAAUCAAUAAGUGCAGUCAUGACAGCCAUUUAAUGGGCAUUCUGUAAAUGAGAUGGUAUGGUUUCGAGGGAAGGACACUGACCAGAUGACCCUGAGCAAAUCCAUUAUCCUCCUUGGGUCUCAGUUUCCAUAUCUGCAAAGUGAAGGAGAUAGACCAGCUAGGUUGGGAGUUCUUAAGCUAGCUCUGUGAAGUUCUAAAGGUUAACUGUGCAUUUCGUGUGCAUACUUGCAUCUUGGGGGGAAAAAUGUCCAUAGCUUUUUCUGGUUUUUGAAGGGACCUUUGCCUCCCAAAUUGUUCACCAUGACUUACCUGGACAACCUCUCAGAGCGGUGGGUUCCUGGCUAGUCUGGGAUUCUGGGACUCUGGUUCUAAAGCUGUUUCUAAGAAGCAAGCUCUACAGAGGUGGCUGCUCUGAGUUACUGGAGAGAGGGAGAUCCGGAACACAGAACGCACGAGACCUUAUCACUGGGGGCUUUGCCGGCCUGGGAGGCCCCAGCUGCCUAGCAACCUGUGUCUUUGCUUUUGGCCCUCCCUUCUGUCCCACAGCCCCUAGAUGGUGUCUGAGAGGUACCUCCUCAGCCUACUGCCUGUCCCCUCCUGGAUGGCUACAACAGCUGUUAAAUCAUCUCCCUGCUUCUAUGCCAGUCCUACCCCAUCACACUUGGAGUAAAACCCAAAUCCUUUCCAAUCCCCAUGCGAUCCAGCCUCCACCAGCCUUUCUAAUGUCAUCUUUUCCCAUUUCCUCCAUCCCCCACCCCUGCUUACCAAGCUGCAGCCUCCCUGACCUCAGCCUCACUUUUGCCUUGGGCUCAGUGCCCACUGGGGUCUUUGCCUCUGACGGUCCCUCUGCCUGCAAUGCUCUUCUCACCUCUUCCACUGCCUGGCUUCUCCUUAAGAAGUUUUUCCUGACAUUCCAUCUAAUUUAGAUUCUGGGCUGGGCACAGUGGCUGACACCUGUAAUCCCAGCACUUUGUGGGACUGAGGUGGAAUGAGACAAGCCUGGGCUACGUAGCGAGAACCCUGUCCCCACAAAAAAUUGUAAAGAAAACUUAGCUGAGUAUGGUGGUGCAUGCCUGUAGUCCCAGCUACUCAGAAGGCUGAGGUGGGAGGAUUGCUUGAGUUUAGGAAGUUGAGGCUGCAGUGUUGUCUUCUAGCUUGGGCAACAGAGCAGCAGGAGCCUGUCUCUGAAAAUUAAAAAAAAAGUAAAAAGAUUUUGCUUCCUGUUAGCUUCCAUCAGUGCACCUUGUUUAUUUUCUCCUUCAUAGCACUAACUCAGUCUAGAAUGAAAUAUUUAUGUGUUUUCUUCCACCACUAAGAUGUCAACUCGCGGAGGAAGGAGCUGAGUCUUAUCUAUCACAGUGCCUGGCUCAUAGUGGCAUUGAACAUUCCCACUAGAAUGGCUAAAAUAAAAUGACUGACAAUACCAAGUGUUGGAAAGGGCGCAGAAGAAUUGAACUCCUACAGCUGAUGGGAGUGUACCAAGUGCAUACUCUCUCACUGUGGAAAACAAUUUUUUGUGUGUAUAAACUUAUAUACACACUUACCAUAUGACCCAACAGUUUCAUUCCUAGAUAUUUACCCAAAAGAAGUAAAGACAUAUGUCCAAACAAGACUUGUAUGCAAGUAUUGCAGACUUAUAAGAAAUGGCCCAAAACAGGAAACAAACCAGUUAUCAUGUAGAACAGGACCAUGGCUGCAUCCCCACGGUCUGCUUGGAUGGAGAAAGAAAUCUCUAAGAGGCAGCUGAGAGAAUCCACCUGAGUUCCCGAAGCAGGGGCAGCCACUGAGUACUGGUGAUUGGGCUUGUGGGGAGGAAGGUACCUGGGGGACCCAGAGAUUGAGGAAGCCCCUGUAUUUCUCUCAUCUUCAGAUUCCCAAUCAGGUUCAGAAGCAUUCUGCUCUUCUCUGGAGAGUCACGAUGUAGAAUCACAUGUUUUGUUUGUGUGAUUAUUUGUUUAAUGUCAUCCUUCUCCACUCACCAUCACAGCGCCUGGCUCAGCGUGACUGGGCUGUCAAUAUUGAGGAUUGUGGAAUACAUGUGGAUUGGAGAAAGAAUGGGCAGGUGGUGGGCAGGGUGUUGGGGCCGUGUUCCCGGAGACAGACUUGCUGGGAACCUUGCUGCCUGCCUGAGAGCAGGGAACCGACAGCUCGAGAGGACCUGGGCCCGGUGCCGCCUGUGUAGGCAGGAUUCUUGCAAAACACCAAUUAAGACAUUUGACCCAAAUUUGGCUAAAAGCCUUUUUCCUGUGUCAAGUUGAGCUAAUAAUAUACAUUUAUUCAUAAUUUAUGAGGCCUAGUAAGUGGGAACAAUUAAGGAAAAGGUCUGGGGAAAACCUGUUUCUCUUAAGUGUCACAUAUGCCUCUUUUUGUUCUUCGAGACAGUUCCUGCUACUGUCUGCCUGCCAUGAAACACCACUGUUUUAUUAUUAUUAUUUGUUGUAUUAUUCUUAGCUGACAUUUAUUGAGCAGUUACUAGGACAGGCUGUGACGACGUUGCCUCCUUUAAUCUUAACAUAUAAAGCAGACAUUGCUGUUGUCCACAUUUUACAGAUGAAGGGACGUCCCCAAAGUCCACGGCUGGUGAGUGGGGAUCUCAACUCAGUUCUGCCAGGCCCCAGGGCCAACAGAACGUUACCAAGCUGUUCUGUUUCUGUGUCAGCCCCCCAGUUCAGGCUAUUUCUGAAUCUGUAGGGCAGCUCUUGUCUUGGUAACUGUUAAACUUGAGAGACCAGGGUGAGAAAUUGAUUGCCUUCUGAUUCAGUAGCUCUGGGAUUAGGCCUUAGAAUUUAUAUUAUUUCCAACAUACCAGGUUUCCAGGUGAUUCUGGUGCUGCCCAUCUGGGGACUACACUUUGAGAACCACUGAUUCAGGCAAUGCUGUUAUCAGAGUCACCUGCGACUCCCUUCUUCCCCACCCACUGCUGUUAGGUGGGUUUAUGACCUUCUAGAUCUUUUCCUGUGUGUCUGAAUACAUGCUAUCCUAUAUAAAGAAAUGUGUAGCUUGAUUUUUAUUUUCUUUACACAUGUGGGGUUAUAUUCUACAUGCUGAUAUUCUACAACUUUGUUUUUUAUUUAAUGUGUCUUGGGGAACACAUAGAUCUUCCUCAUUCUUUUCAACAGCACUGUAGUAGUUCAUGAUACGGGUGUGUUUUGGGGGUGUUUUUUUUUUUUUUUUUGAGAUAGUUUCCAUCUGUCACCCAGGCUGGAGUGUAAUGACAUGAUCUCCGCUCACUGCAACCGCCACCUCCUGAGCUCAAGUGAUUCUCAUGACUCAAUCUUCCAAGUAACUGGGAUUACAGGGUGGAGGGUCCGGGGAGGAGCAACUCUAUGCUGACUUUCCAGAACUCGACCUCUCCCAGCUGGAUGCCAGCGACUUUGACUCGGCCACCUGCUUUGGGGAGCUGCAGUGGUGCCCAGAGAACUCAGAGACUGAACCCAACCAGUACAGCCCCGAUGACUCCGAGCUCUUCCAGAUUGACAGUGAGAAUGAGGCCCUCCUGGCAGAGCUCACCAAGACCCUGGAUGACAUCCCUGAAGAUGACGUGGGUCUGGCUGCCUUCUCAGCCCUGGAUGGUGGAGAUGCUCUAUCAUGCACCUCAGUUUCGCCUGCCCCAUCGUCUGUGCCCCCUAGCCCUGCCCCGGAGAAGCCCAUGGCCCCAGCCCCUGAGGUGGACGAGCUCUCACUGCUACAGAAGCUCCUCCUGGCCACAUCCUACCCAACAUCAAGCUCUGACACCCAGAAGGAAGGGACCGCCUGGCGCCAGGCAGGCCUCAGAUCUAAAAGUCAACGGCCUUGUGUCAAGGUGGACAGCACCCAAGACAAGAAGGCUCUCGCCACGCAGUCUCAGAGCCGGAGUUGCACAGAACUGCAUAAGCACCUCACCUCGGCGCCGUCCUGCCUGCAAGAUAGAGGUCUGCAGCCACUACGCCUCCAGAGUCCCCGGCUCCCUGCCAAGGAGGAUGAGGAGCCGGGUGAGGACUGCCCGAGCCCCCAGCCAGCUCCAGCCUCUCCCCGGGACUCCCUAGUGCCGGGCAGGGCAGACCCCGGUGCCCAGUUUUCCCAGGAAGACAUGCAGGCGAUGGUGCAACUCAUUCGCUACAUGCACACCUACUGCCUCCCUCAAAGGAAGCUGCCCCCACAGGCCCCUGAGCCAGCCCCCAAGCCCUGCAGCAACCCCUCCCAGCAGGUCAGAUCCCGGCCCCGGCACCCCUCCAAAGCCUCCUGGGCUGAGUUCUCCAUUUUGAGGGAACUUCUGGCUCAAGACGUGCUCUGUGAUGUCAGCAAACCCUACCGUCUGGCCACGCCUGUCUAUGCCUCCCUCACACCUCGGUCAAGGCCCAGGUCCCCCAAAGACAGCCAGGCCUCCCCUGGUCACCCAUCCUCAGUGGAGGAGGUGAGGAUUGCAGCUUCACCCAAGAGCACUGGGCCCAGACCAAGCCUGCGCCCACUGCGGCUGGAGGUGAAAGGGGAGGUCCACCGGCCUAGCAGGCUACAGCCGGAGGAGGAGGAAGACGAGGAAGAAGAGGAGGAGGAAGAGGAAGAAGAAAAAGAGGAGGAGGAAGAGGAGGAGUGGGGCAGGAAAAGACCAGGCCGAGGCCUGCCAUGGACGAAGCUGGGGAGGAAGCCAGAGAGCUCCGUGUGCCCCGUGCGGCGUUCUCGGAGACUGAACCCUGAGCUGGGCCCCUGGCUGACAUUUGCUGAUGAGCCACUGGCCCCCACGGAGCCCCAGGGUGCUCUGCCCUCGCUGCGCCUGGCUCCCAAGGCCUAUGACAUAGAGCGGGAGCUGGGCAGCCCCACGGAUGAGGACAGUGGCCAAGACCAGCAUCUCCUACGGGGACCCCAGAUCCCUGCCCUGGAGAGCCCCUGUGAGAGUGGGUGUGGGGACACGGAUGAGGACCCCAGCUGCCCGCCGCUCCCUCCCAGAGACUCUCCCAGGUGCCUCAUGCUGGCCUUGUCACAAAGCGACCCUACUUUUGGCAAGAAGAGCUUUGAGCAGACCUUGACGGUGGAGCUCUGUGGCACAGCAGGACUCACCCCGCCCACCACACCACCAUACAAGCCCACAGAGGAGGACCCUUUCAAGCCGGACAUCAAGCACAGCCUGGGCAAAGAAACAGCUCUCAACCUCCCCUCCCCUGAGGCCCUCUCACUCAAGGCCACCCCAGGGGCUGCCCACAAGCUGCCAAAGAAGCACCCGGAGCGGAGUGAGCUCCUUUCCCACCUGCGGCACACCCCAGCCCAGCCAGCCUCGCAGCCUGGCCAGAAGCGUCCCUUCUCCUGUUCCUUUGGAGACCAUGACUACUGCCAGGUGCUCCGACCGGAGGGCAUCCUGCAGAGGAAGGUGCUGAGGUCCUGGGAGCCGUCUGGGGUUCACCUUGAGGACUGGCCCCAGCAGGAUACCCCUCAGGCUGAGGCGCAGGCUGCUGGCAGGGAGGAAGACAGAAGCUGUGAUGCGGGCGCCCCAUCCAAGGACAGCAUGCUGCUCAGAGACCACGAGAUCCGUGCCAGCCUCACCAAACACUUUGGGCUGCUGGAGACCGCCCUGGAGGAGGAAGACCUGGCCUCCUGCAAGAGCCCUGAGUAUGACACUGUCUUUGAAGACAGCAGCAGUAGCAGUGGUGAGAGCAGCUUCCUCCCAGAAGAGGAAAAUGAGGAUAGGGAGGAGGAGGCGGAGGACAAUGAAGAAGAGGACUCAGGAGUCAGCCCCACUUGCUCUGACCACUGCCCCUACCAGAGCCCACCAAGCAAGGCCAGCAGGCAGCUCUGUUCCCGCAGCCGCUCAAGCUCUGGCUCCUCAUCCUGCCACUCCUGGUCACCAGCCACUCGAAAGAACUUCAGAUGUGAGAGCAGAGGGCCGUGUUCGGACAGAACGCCAAGCACCCGGCACGCCAGGAAGCGGCGGGAAAAGGCCAUUGGUGAAGGCCGUGUGGUGUACAUUCGAAAUCUCUCCAGUGACAUGAGCUCCCGAGAGCUGAAGAGGCGCUUUGAAGUGUUUGGCGAGAUUGUGGAGUGCGAGGUGCUGACGAGAAGUAAGAGAGGCAAGAAGUAUGGCUUCAUCACCUACCGGUGUUCUGAGCACGCAGCCCUCUCUCUGAGGAAUGGUGCUGCCUUGAGGAAGCGCAAUGAGCCCUCCUUCCAGCUGAGCUACGGAGGGUUCCGGCACUUCUGCUGGCCCAGAUACACUGACUACGAUUCCAAUUCAGAAGAGGCCCUUCCUGCGUCAGGGAAAAGCAAGUACGAAGCCAUGGAUUUUGACAGCUUACUGAAAGAGGCCCAGCAGAGCCUGCAUUGAUAACAGCCUUAACCCUCGAGGAAUACCUCAAUACCUCAGACGAGGCCCUUCCAAUAUGUUUACGUUUUCAAAGAAAUCAAGUAUAUGAGGAGAGAGCGAGCGAGCGUGAGAGAACACCCGUGAGAGAGACUUGAAACUGCUGUCCUUUAAAAAAAAAAAAAUCAAUGUUUACAUUGAACAAAGCUGCUUCUGUCUGUGAGUUUCCAUGGUGUUGACGUUCCACUGCCACAUUAGUGUCCUCGCUUCCAACGGGUUGUCCUGGGUGCACCUCGAAGUGCCGGGUCAGUCACCCAUCGCCCCUCCUUCCCGACUGACUUCCUGUGGUAGACUUGCAGCUGUGUUCACCGUAACAUUUCUUGUCUGUAGUGUGCGAUGAUGAAACUGUUACUUGUGAAUAGAAUCAGGAUUAUAAACUUCAUUUUUAAUUGAAGAAAAAAAAAGUAUAUACUUAAAAUAAUGUAUCUAUGGCUCAGAUGUACUGUGCCUGGGAUUAUUGUAUUGCUUCCUUGAUUUUUUAACUAUGCACUGUUGUGAGGUGUUUGCCACUGAGCUGCUCUGCUCCCCUCACCAGAUUGCUCUGGAGGUAUUGGGUGGCCGCUAGGCUGGUUUCCCUGCGGUUUCCAGGCCCUAUCUGCCACGCCCUGCCCUGUCUCCUGCUGAGCAAGUUUGGCUCAAAUUACAAGAGCCCCCAUCCUGUGCCCCGCUCACACUUCAAGCGUGUGCCCAUCCAUUCAUACUCAGACCCUUGAGUACCUUGUAAUGAAGAGGGGGCAAGCUGUAUCAUUCCUGUUUUCCAGGGGAGGCUGGCAGCACCCCGAGAGGUGAAAUGACUGUGGGAGGUCCCAUGGCCAGUGAGAAGGCAGAGGGGUGACCCAGACCAGGUCUUCCGAUUCUUGGUCCCAUGCUUCCAUAGUAGCUGGGGUAAAGAUGCAGUUUCAGGGACUGGUAGAGGUGACUUUGGCUAAAUUGGGCACCAGACUAGAAGCCUAAGGGCUCAUUUUAGGGGUUACUUCAGCAGUUGACUCACCGGCGUCAGGUGAAUUCAAGCCCUGGCAUGUGUCUUGGGCGUACCAUCAGCUGUGAUCCUGAGUGGUCCUGCGGUUUGCCUCCUCCUGUGGACACACUGUCAGAACUUGGUGACACCCCUGGCAGUGGUGCAGACAGGUGGUCUGGGAGCAGUCAUCCUUUUUGGGCUAGCCACCAGGCAAUCCUACCCUCAGGUAGUCCUUUGUCCUUGUCUGUAAAGUUGUUUUGGUAGCUGGGACAGGGGAGCCAGGAGGAGGGUAUGAAGGUUGGGAGUAGAUAGGACAAUCUCCCAGCUCCCUUCCAACUGAAAAAAACACUCCCAUUGGACUUUACUUUAAAUUUGGUGUUCUUAAGUGAUGACAAAGCCAUUUCCAGCUUAAUGUUCUGUGGGUACCUUGGGGGUCAUUCAUUAGGGCAGCAUGGCCAGGCAGGGGAUGAGUGUACUGUUUCUGAUUUCUCUCAUACAGCAGGGUUCCUUGGGAAAUUUAUAUAUAUAUAUUUUUAAAGGUCCUUCGGCCUAAAAAAAAAAAAGUUUUGAAAGUGGCUCAUUAAACUAAACAGGCUAAUGUAAUUUGUUGCUUAUGCCAAGCCUAGUUUGUUGAGAAUUGACUUUUUUAAAGAUUAUCAAAUACCUCAGUAGGUAAAAUGAGCCCAUGGUCUUCCACUGGUUGGUGAGCAUACUAUCAGCUCAUGGAUAAGGCCGGAAGAGGCAGGCUUUAGCGAGGAUAGGGAUAUUGAACUGCAGUGUGUCACAGCAGUUGACCCCUCUGGACCCCAAUUUCCUUUUGUGUGAAAUGAACUGAAGGGGAGGAUUAGACAAGUUUCAACAUUGUUAGCUUCUGCUGAGGCAGUGUCUAGCCCAAGAUGGCAAAUACGUAGUACAUGUGCCACUACUCCCAGCUCCUUGACCAAUACAGACAUAACUAAUCACAGCACUCGGGUUCCUUGAGCCUGGAUGUGCUAUAAGAAUCCUGAAAUCGGCUGGGCACGGUGGCUCACGCCUAUAAUCACAGCACUUUGGGAGGCCGAGGCGGGUGGAUCAUGAGGUCAAGAGAUCGAGACCAUCCUGGUCAACAUGGUGAAACCCCAUCUCUACUAAAAAUGCAAAUAUUAGCUGGGCAUGAUAGUGCGUGCCUGUAGUCCCAGCUACUAGGGAAGCUGAGGCAGUAGAAUUGCUUGAACCCAGGAGAUGGAGGUUGCAGUGAGCUGAAAUCGUGCCAUUGCACUCCAGCCUGGGUAACAAGAGUGAAACUCAGUCUCAAAAAAAAAAAAAAAAGAAUCCUGGAAUCAGUGCUCUGGUAAGUCAUUACUAAUUGAUCAGAGUUUAAUCUAUUUGACAUCUUGGGCUAAUCUUUGGAAGGUUUCCAACAAUCACGCAGAACCAUAUGCUGCCUGAGUUUCAUGGUGGCGUAUCCCUGUCUAUGAUGUUCAGUUCCAUGAGAGAAAACUCCCCUAAUGCUAUUCUGUGGCACAAAACUCCCAAUACUAUUUUGACAUACACAUCCCCUUGAAGAAGGUGCAGGGGGCAGUAGAUGAGUAACAGACAGGCACAUAUUUCGGGAAGGCAGGGCUUAAGAGGAUGGACCAAAAAAGGGACUUCCCACAGCAUAGACCUGAUCAUUCUGAAUUCCUUUAUAGCUAUUCACUGCCUAGCACAUAGUAGGCACACAACAAAUGAUUAUGGAAUGGGAUAGAAUUUAGAUCUUUCUGCUGCCUCCACUAAGUAAGUCCUGAUUUGCACUAAGGAGAGAAGUGAGAUAGGAAAGAACUCCAAGUCUGGAGAGCUGGACUCCCCCCAAGAACUUCCUUUGUAACUUUGGUAAGUCCCUUCCGCUCCCUGGCCCCUCGGUGUGCUGAAAAGAGUUGGACCAUGGAUGAUCUCUAAGUCCCUCCUCCUAUUUGCUUUUUCCUUGAUUGCACUUGGUCAAAGGGUCGGCCUUGGGCUAGUAGUACUUUAGAGUAAAGAAAUUGGGAGUUUUAGCAAAGGACAAGUCUGUCACUCCCUGCUUUGGGGUCAGCUGAAGCUGUCCUUUCAUGUCAGAUUAAUCUAGGACACUUGAAGUUAGCCUAGACAUUGGCCCUUGAGCAGAAACCUGAGCGUGGCAUUGGGACAUGACAUGCCAUUAAGUCAGGGCUGGGGGAUGCUGCCUGCCGAGGGCAUUGAGUAGUCUCUAUUGCCAUCCCGUACAUAAAAUGCUACAAGUUCUAAAAUUUACCAGCCCUGCAGACAACCUCUAUCCCGAAGGACUCAUUCGGUGCUCUGUAUUAUUUACUAAGGCAACUCCAAGGUCUGUUCAGGAAAACGAGUGAACCUUGGUCUCCUUCCCACCAAACUGAGGAAUAACCCAGAGGGAGCAGCUGCCAUUGGCAACCAUCUCAUUGUAGCUCUGUCCUAGUGUUUGCUCUCAAUGAUGUUUACAUGUGAUCGCCAUAAAGCUUGCUGUAGACUGUGUCGAUAGCUGCCCGUGCGGGGCAGGUCGUACUGUCCAUUUCUGUGCUGUGCUGGUGUUUUCCAAAAAUGUCCAAUCCAACCACUAAGUGGAAUUCUUCCAUCUCCUUCCUCAGUCUAUACAAGGCUGAAUCAGAAUCCUCAUUCUUGGGGGCUCUGGUUACCGAAGGAAAAUGCAUCAAAGAGGUAAAGAAUAUGAGUGGAUGGAGUGCAGCUAAGGCCCCCACCCCCUGCCCCGUCACAAUUUGCCUCCCUUAGCCAAAAAACUGCUUUGAGUCAAAAAGCACCCAUAAGGUAUCAGCAUCUGCCUUGAAUUCUUGCAGCAUGGAGUGUCAUAUGUGCUCAGGAGAGAGGCAGGGCUUUGUGGGCAGGAGAAGGAAGGGAGGAAUGCUCUGAGCUGCAAAGACCCAGUACUCAAGUUCUGACGUGGGAAGAGAUGUAGUGAGACGUCUUUUGUUGCCUAAAGCCUGUGCCUGUUGGUUUUUUAGAGUGAUUUCUCCUAGACAUGUGCAGUAGGCCCACCGGGGCUGCUGUGCAGUGGUGAGUAGAGGGGCAGGGAAGGCAUGGACAGUCUGGUCUUUCUGCAUGGAUAGCUCAGUUCGUGGCCCAUCCCAGAUACAGAGUCAGUUAAUCCCAGCUGAGCCUGCAGCUUGAGAGAUGGCUCAUCCCAACUGUGAAGCAAAAUCAGUCUCAGAGUAUGUAUUGUUCUGACUCACUGAUGUCAAAUUGUGGUAUUUUUUUAGCAUUUGAGAUUUAGCAGCUGCCUUCAGUUUGGAAUAACCCAUAUCCCAGCAUCAGAUAUGAUUAAGACAAGAAAUUAGAUGUACAAUAGCAAAGAAAGUGAAUGUAAUGGUUUCACUGGCCAGAGAAGAGGGACCCUGUCAUCCCUUCCCACUGGGGCAGGAGAAAACUAAUCAGUGCUAUGUGGAGUAUGUUAAAGGUGUCCCCCUAGUCCCUGAGGUGUUUUUACACAUGGAUGGGCUCCAGGUCUGCUUGCCAAGUUUAGAGGUACAGGGUAAAUGGAGGGAAAGCUUCCUAGUUGGAAACCCACAUGCAUGAAUGUGUCCUUGGCCCAGAACCACCAUGGGAUGGGGGAAGCCCUGGGAGCCGGCUGCAAGAUGCCCAGGAAGUAGGCAAAGGCUGACUUUGCAUUGCUCAAUAAACGCACUUUGAGAAAACCCCAACACUUCAGCCUGGCUCCAUGUUUCUACACUGGAAAAUAUGGGUCUCCUUUGCCUGUGGGAGGUGUUCUACAGACUGGGACAGGGAGUUCAGGAAUGGUGCUGCUGUCAAGGAGAAAAGCAGAGAUGCCUUUGGAGAUGUCAGCAGCAGGAGAGCCAGUGCAAGGGCCAACCCUUUGCUAGCCUUUUGUUGGAAGCCCUAGAAACAGGGAGCCAUGGAUUUAGAUCUUGGUACUUACCUUUACAGAGAGAUGAAAACAGCGAAAUGAGUUUGUAGAGCAAGUCACUUAACUAUAAGCCAUCUCAGAAUCAGAAACCCCAAUGUUUCUUACUUGCUGUGUGAUCUUGGGUCCCUGUUUCCUCAUCUACCAAAUAAGAAUGUUGAAUAUGAACAUUAAAGUCUCUUUGACUUCUGAGAGACUCAGAUUCCUAACCAGGAGCAUUGGGAAUCCAUCACUUCUCCUUAAAACUGAGUCCAUUCUCUGACUUGACCCAAUUCCCGUUCAGGGUUAGUGUUCUCUGCCAGAACCAACUAGCAGCAGGUUCAGUCCCACUGUGCCCUGGCUGAGUUGCCUUAUCCAAGGAGGCCAGCUCUCCAGGACAGAUCUAAGCCAUAGUUUCUAGUGGGGACAAUAAGGAAUUAAACCCCCAACUUGGCUGGGUAAUGUCAAAUCUCACAUUAACCUCAUCUUUGUCCCCACUGGACAGAUGUUAAUGCAUAUGUUGUGAUCACUUGGCUUUUUCUCUCUUGUUCUCAGACAAUACUAGCAAUACACUUUUUUUUAAACAGCUUAGGCACUUUUCACACAUUUCUUUCAAAUGAUUGUAAAACAUAUGGGGCAACAGGAGGCACUGAUCACGCUGCAUAUGUUUAGGGCAGCUUUUGUUUUUUGUUUCUUUAAUGGUAUAGCAGCAGUGACUGAGGCUUCGUGAUUCAUGGGGACGGCUUUUCAGAUACUCCAUUUCAUCAGAAGCUUUGCACAUCCGGGAGGAGUUCAAAAAUCUAAUUGCCUGAGUUUGGGGCUUGGAAAAUAGGUUUUAUAGGUGGUUGGUCCCUGGGCUGUGCAACAACUCCUCCAAGAGGGGUUUAUAUAACUAGAGCCUCCCCUCCCCCGCCACCGUGCAGUAUUUUCUGGUCAUUGGAGUCACCAAGGCGGUUUAUAAAAGCUUCCUUUUUCACUUGACCACCCUUGCUCAUUGGUUAUUUGUGAAGGGGACUGGUCAGUUUCCACCUCAGCACUUUGCCUUAUCAACAUGUGGUCGCCAUCUAGUGGUCAAAGGUUGUCUCCACCAGCUACCCAGAUGGAAGGCAAAUAAAUCCUUUGGGCCACGCUGCUGUCCAUCGUUAACUUUGGGAAUGAAAUACGAUGGCAUGAACCAACUGUUUUUGUGUUCAGAGAUCAGUGCAACACUAGGGUCAGAAGACUCCAGAAGCGGCCACUUAGUAGACUCUCACGCAGGACUGAGAGAGAAGAGACAGAAGAGACAGGAGGAGUGGACCAGGGGAGGUCCAGGGGCCCGGGAGGGGUUUACCGUAACUGCAAUACUGGCAGCCCAGCUGCCGACCUUGUUACGUAAACCUUUGCUGGGUGGUCCGAAUUAUGCCGUCAGGGCAAGAGAAGACGUUGUGUAAAAGAAUUCUGUGGGGGGCCUGGCCAUGACCUUUGAUAUGGUCCACCGAAUAGCCAAAUAGUUUUUUUUGUUCAAUUUUUUUGUUUGUAUUUUGUAUUUUUAAAAUCUUGUCAAAUGUUUUUGUGUUAGGAAUAAAAAGUCAUAAACUAUUCCCAACUUUGUUUCUUGAGGGAUGUUCUGAUUCUGAAGGAAACAGGUUGGAAAUCUCAAGGGGAGCGUGGACAAGGUGGUCUGUGGAUUGGGGGAGUAGACUGCUUGGAUUUCCAAAUGGUUUCUGGGGAAGAUGACCAUCCAGAAGUCCAGCUUAGUGCAGUCUGCCCUGGAGUUCACACCCAUCCCCUCACCUCUUUGUGCCAUGUUGUUAGCACUGGCUUGGAGCAUCUGCUUCUUCCUGAGGCAGUGCUAAUGUUGAAACCAACAUGAGCCCUCUCCCCAACCCCAGGUUUCUAAAGAAGGUGUCUGUAGCCAGCCUUAAUCAACUGGGCAAGGUGGUCCCUAUGGUCCUUUCCAGCAUUUCCAAAUCUUGGACUCAAAUCCUUUUCUCUUGGUGUGACCACGCAGCCUAGAGAAUUCUGAGCAAUAGGAGCCAGGGCCUUCCCUGACUCUGCGACAGGGUCAAACCAAGGAAUGGCUAAACCUGUGAGGUUUGGUCAUCCCCAGGGGUACUACUGUAGGGGGCAUUAUUUAUUAGGAAGCUUAACAAGGUAACUACAGCCUGAGUGUGUGAGUGUAAGGCUGUGUUUGUGGUGGGUAUGUGUGUGUAUCUGUGCACACAUACACACAUCUGUGCCUGUGUAUGUGUGUGUGUGUGGAAUUACAUUGAUGCAUUUAUUGAGAAAGGUGCAAGAAUUUCACCUACACAGAGGGACACAUCUGCUUUGUUAUUUAUAAUAGAAAGCUAAAUUUUAAUUUUUUAAAGGACACUGCUAAUGAUUGAGAAUCAAGUUUUUAGUUUUGCUAUUUUUUUUAAUUGGUAGAGGAUUUUUAUAUAUUUUUUCCAUUUUGUUGGGUUGUGUCCUUAUUUAUAUAAAUACUUUAUCUGUGAGAGGCAAGAAGGAAAACUUCUUUGCUUUUAAUUAUUGUGGUUGUCAUCGUCCCUAUUUUAUUUCUGGUGUGAUUUCUCUGUCUUACCUUCUAAAUGAGAAAAUGUUUUCCCGUAUUUGUACAUUGUCAGAUUCUAUAGUUUCCUAGAUAAUUUAACCAAAUUGCUCUAUGUAUUAUUAUUCUGUGAGUAUAAAGUUCUAUUUUAAUGUCUGUAAAUACUUCAGAACUGGCUUCUUUUCUCAAACUCCCACUGUGGGGUUAUUGUUUACAUCACAAAAACUGUAGAAUCUCUAUGCUCAUGUACUGUAAAUAGUGAAGUGAUCUGCUUAUAAAUAAACUUAACAAAUACACUAUGGAGAUUAAAAAGAAAAUACCACCCACA